AUGGUGGUAUCACAGUAUGGGAGUAGGGAUGUCAUAGACAAUGUUGGUGAGCAUGAACAUCCUUCUAUUGUGGUACAAUCACAGUAUGGGAGUAGGGAUGUCAUAGACAAUGUUGGUGAGCAGGAACAUCCUUCUAUUGUGGUACAAUCACAGUAUGGGAGUAGGGAUGUCAUAGACAAUGUUGGUGAGCAGGAACAUCCUUCUAUUGUGGUACAAUCACAGUAUGGGAGUAGGGAUGUCAUAGACAAUGUUGGUGAGCAUGAACAUCCUUCUAUUGUGGUACAAUCACAGUAUGGGAGUAGGGAUGUCAUAGACAAUGUUGGUGAGCAGGAACAUCCUUCUAUUGUGGUACAAUCACAGUAUGGGAGUAGGGAUGUCAUAGACAAUGUUGGUGAGCAGGAACAAACUUCUAUUGUGUUAAUAUCCCUGAAUAAGUGUAGGGAUGUCCCAGACAAUUGUUCUACCCCUCAUCCUGCUUACCAGUGUUCUACCCCUCAUCCCACUGACCAGUGUUCUACCCCUCACCCUCCUGACCAGUGUUCUACCCCUCAUCCUACUGACCAGUGUUCUACCCCUCAUCCUCCUAAUCAGUGUUCUACCCCUCAUCCUACUGACCAGUGUUCUACCCCUCAUCCUUUUGACCAGUGUUCUACCCCUCAUCCUCCUAAUCAGUGUUCUACCCCUCAUCCUACUGACCAGUGUUCUACCCUUCAUCCUUUUGACCAGUGUUCUACCCCUCAUCCCACUGACCAGUGUUCUACCCCUCAUCCUUUUCACCAGUGUUCUACUCCUCAUCCUCCUAAUCAGUGUUCUACCCCUCAUCCCACUGACCAGUGUUCUACCCCUCAUCCUCCUAAUCAGUGUUCUACCCCUCAUCCUCCUAAUCAGUGUUCUACCCCUCAUCCUCCUGACCAGUGUUCUACCACUCAUCCUCCUUAUCAGUGUUCUACCCCUCAUCCUACUGACCAGUGUUCUACCCCUCAUCCUCCUAAUCAGUGUUCUUCCCCUCAUCUUCCUGACCAGUGUUCUACCACUCAUCCUACUGACCAGUGUUCUACCACUCAUCCUACUGACCAGUGUUCUACCCCUCAUCCUCCUGAUCAGUGUUCUACCCCUCAUUCCACUGACCAGUGUUCUACCCCUCAUCCUCCUGGCCAGUGUUCUACCCCUCAUCCUACUGACCAGUGUUCUAUCCCUCAUCCUCCUAAUCAGUGUUCUACUCCUCAUCCUCCUAAUCAGUGUUCUACCCCUCAUCCUCCUAAUCAGUGUUCUACCCCUCAUCCUCCUAAUCAGUGUUCUACUCCUCAUCCUCCUUAUCAGUGUUCUACUCCUCAUCCUCCUAAUCAGUGUUCUACUCCUCAUCCUCCUAAUCAGUGUUCUACCCCUCAUCCUCCUUAUCAGUGUUCUACUCCUCAUCCUCCUUAUCAGUGUUCUACUCCUCAUCCUCCUAAUCAGUGUUCUACUCCUCAUCCUCCUAAUCAGUGUUCUACUCCUCAUCCUCCUAAUCAGUGUUCUACCCCUCAUCCUCCUAAUCAGUGUUCUACCCCUCAUCCUCCUAAUCAGUGUUCUACUCCUCAUCCUCCUAAUCAGUGUUCUACUCCUCAUCCUCCUAAUCAGUGUUCUACUCCUCAUCCUCCUAAUCAGUGUUCUACCCCUCAUCCUCCUAAUCAGUGUUCUACCCCUCAUCCUCCUAAUCAGUGUUCUACUCCUCAUCCUCCUAAUCAGUGUUCUACUCCUCAUCCUCCUAAUCAGUGUUCUACUCCUCAUCCUCCUUAUCAGUGUUCUACUCCUCAUCCUCCUAAUCAGUGUUCUACUCCUCAUCCUCCUAAUCAGUGUUCUACUCCUCAUCCUCCUAAUCAGUGUUCUACCCCUCAUCCCACUGAUCAGUGUUCUUCUCUUCAUUUUACUGACCUGAAUGAACCUUGUUGUGUGAUAUCAUAUUCAUCUCUAAGACAGGCUAACAUGCUGUUGUCAGGCAAUAAAAUCAGCCAACAGACAUUUCAUUCUGAAGUUGGAAUCCCCACUCCCACUGCAGAAGAAUAUCACCUACACGUUUUAGUUGGAAUCCCCACUCCCACUGCAGAAGAAUAUCACCUACACGUUUUAGUUGGAAUCCCCACCCCCACUGCAGAAGAAUAUCACCUACACGUUUUAGUUGGAAUCCCCACUCCCACUGCAGAAGAAUAUCACCUACACGUUUUAGUUGGAAUCCCCACCCCCACUGCAGAAGAAUAUCACCUACACGUUUUAGUUGGAAUCCCCACUCCCACUGCAGAAGAAUAUCACCUACACGUUUUAGUUGGAAUCCCCACUCCCACUGCAGAAGAAUAUCACCUACACGUUUUAGUUGGAAUCCCCACUCCCACUGCAGAAGAAUAUCACCUACACGUUUUAGUUGGAAUCCCCACCCCCACUGCAGAAGAAUAUCACCUACACGUUUUAGUUGGAAUCCCCACCCCCACUGCAGAAGAAUAUCACCUACACGUUUUAGUUGGAAUCCCCACUCCCACUGCAGAAGAAUAUCACCUACACGUUUUAGUUGGAAUCACCACCCCCACUGCAGAAGAAUAUCACCUACACGUUUUAGUUGGAAUCCCCACUCCCACUGCAGAAGAAUAUCACCUACACGUUUUAGUUGGAAUCCCCACCCCCACUGCAGAAGAAUAUCACCUACACGUUUUAGUUGGAAUCCCCACCCCCACUGCAGAAGAAUAUCACCUACACGUUUUAGUUGGAAUCCCCACCCCCACUGCAGAAGAAUAUCACCUACACGUUUUAGUUGGAAUCCCCACUCCCACUGCAGAAGAAUAUCACCUACACGUUUUAGUUGGAAUCCCCACCCCCACUGCAGAAGAAUAUCACCUACCCCCACUGCAGAAGAAAAUCACCUACACGUUUUAG